AUGGCAUCAGCAAAUGUUGUACCAGACACAUAUCCAUCUUUUCCCACGUUGUUUCUUCUAGCAAUACUAUCCUUACUUUCCCUUGUCCUAAAACACAAAUCUUCCAAACUCUUGGCUCUUCCACCAGGGCCAAAAUCAUGGCCAAUUAUAGGGAAUGUCCUUCAAAUGGGAAACAAGCCCCAUAUUUCCUUGACUAAACUUGCCCAAACGUAUGGUCCCCUAAUGUCCCUUCGACUAGGGACUCGACUUGUUGUAGUAGGGUCUUCCCGGAAUGCAGCCACUGAAAUCCUCAAGACUCACGACCGAGAACUCUCCGGCCGGUGUGUGCCUCACGCAUCCUUCGCUAAGGACCCUAAACUGAACGGGGACACCGUAGCUUGGACGUUCAAGUGCACUGACAGAAGGAAGUACUUUCGUUCACUGAUGAAGAAUGAGCUAUUCUCUUCAAAAGUCAUUGAUGGAAAGGUCAAGUAUAAGAGAAAAUAA